CACUGUUUUACACUUAGGAAAAUAUGAGAAUAAGCAGGGAGUGUUGUUCUCUCUGAACUAAAAAAAAAAAAAAAAAAAAAAAUCUGUGCCUUGCUGAGGACAGCUGCAGGAAUCGGACACUUGAAUCAAUGUUAUCGGAUGAGUUAGAAUCCAAACCUGAGCUGCUGGUUCAGUUUGUUCAGAAUACUUCAAUUCCCCUGGGGCAAGGGCUGGUGGAAUCGGAACCAAAAGACAUCACCUGUCUUUCUCUCCUUCCUGUCACUGAGACCUCAGAAUGCAACAGACUCAUGUUGCCAGAUGAUGAAAGAGAUCUCACCUCUCCAAGUCACACUAAUUCUUCCAAAGAUGUUCCUUCAUCUGCUGUCUUGAGAAGUCUCCAGGUAAAUGUGGGCCCUGAUGGAGAGGAAACAAGGGCACAGAAUGUACAGAAACCAUCUGAACUUCUGCCAACUCCAGAGACUUCCAGUUUAUUGCAGGACCUCCAGCCAAGUGACAGCACUUCAUUUAUUCUUCUCAACCUCACAAGAGCAGGGCUGGGGUCUCCAGCAGAGCACUUGGUGUUUGUUCAAGAUGAAGCAGAAGAUUCUGGGAAUGACUUUCUCUCUCAUGAUAGCACAGACAGCAGUACCCCAUGGUUCCUACGAGUGCAAGAAUUGGCCCAUGACAGUUUAAUUGCUGCCACUCGGGCACAGCUCGCUAAGAAUGCCAAAGCAAGCAAUAAUGGUGAAAAUGUUCAUCUUUGCUCAGGAGAUGGGCAGCAGAAAGACUCUAGCCCCAUUCCUCAUUUAUCUCGCGUGGAAAGGAAGCUGAAGUGCACAGUUGAGGGCUGCGAUCGGACAUUUGUGUGGCCAGCUCACUUCAAGUAUCAUCUGAAAACACACCGGAAUGACCGCUCCUUCACCUGCCCAGCAGAAGGCUGUGGAAAAAGUUUCUAUGUCUUGCAGAGGCUGAAGGUGCACAUGAGAACUCACAACGGUGAAAAACCCUUUGUGUGCACGGAGCUGGGCUGUGGGAAACAGUUCACAACAGCUGGAAAUCUGAAGAAUCACCUACGAAUUCACACUGGGGAAAAACCCUUUCUGUGUGAGGCACAGGGAUGUGGUCGCUCCUUUGCCGAAUACUCCAGCCUUCGGAAACAUUUGGUUGUCCACUCAGGAGUGAAGCCCCAUCAGUGCCAAAUUUGUGGGAAGACAUUUUCCCAGAGUGGUAGCAGAAAUGUGCAUAUGAGGAAACACCACUCCCGAAUUGGAACAGCUGGCAGCAGAGAGCGAGAACAGCCAGAGUCACUGAUGGGCAGCAGUUUGCUGGAAGAAUCUACAGUGCAUAGUAAGAAUCUCAUCUCCAUGAACUCUCAGCCCAGCCUUGGUGUUGAGUCUCUGCACCUGCCAGAUACUGAGUCUAUUAUUGGAGUAGAGGAGGGUGAGACCAGCUGCUCUUUUUUCCGCCCUCUUAUAUGUGGUGACUGAAGUGGGAUUGAUCAUUCCUCCUAGAGGUUCACCAUGUUGCACUGGGAUGAACUGUGCACAGAGCGGGUGGGUAGAUGGAGAAUGAGUCAUAAAACUGGAGUUGGAGAAGACCUACUGGACCAAGUUUCUCUCUUGCAGAGCUUAAAAGGUGAAGUCUGCUGCUUAGGUGUCAUUUAGCCCAUGUUGAGGAACGCCAUUUCAAAACUGUUUACGCAGUCCAUUCUCCUAAAGCCUAACAUAUUUGUUUUGCUGGAGCACCUAGGAGCCCCAGUUAAGGACCGGGACCUCAUUGUGCUAGGCACUGUACAAACAUUCAGUAUCUUGAGCAACAGGCCUUCCUUCCAUCCUUUACCUUCAGAGACUACAUUCUAAUACAUCUUACUGUCAGAA